AAGCUCGAGGUCCAUAAAUGGCGCAUUAAUCAAAACCCAAUCACCUCUUCGCAUGUGACUUGCUAAUUACCACUCUCUUCUUCUAUUAUUAAUUUUCUUCUUCUUUCAUCGCUUUCGUCUCCAACAUCGCCAUGGCAGCAGCUCCGUCUCUCACUCUCCUCAUCACUCUCUCUCUUCUCUUCAUUUCACUCCCAAGAUCUGAACCUCUCCCUGAGAAUCCAUCCUUGAUUCUUCUAGGCGACGGAUUCGACUGGCCGAUCUCUCACGGCGACGCAUUCGACAACAUCGACGGAGGAGAAAGCUUUGAAGAUGCCGAGGAAGAAGAUGUCGCAGAUCGACGGUCGCUGUACUGGAAGAGGAAGAGAUACUACAUAUCCUACGGUGCAUUGUCGGCGAACAGAGUCCCGUGUCCUCCCAGAUCUGGAAGAUCGUACUACACUCACAACUGCUUCAGAGCUAGAGGUCAGGUUCAUCCAUACACUCGAGGCUGCUCCUCCAUCACUCGAUGCCGGAGAUAGAAAAAUGCAUUUUCCAAUCACGGACUCUGUUUGUGUUUGCUCGUUCGAUUUCGAUGUAACCGUGAUUAAUUACUUUUGUUAAAUUAAUUAAGCCCGCGUCAUUUUUAUUCGAGUGAUGAUAUCUAAUGUAUUCAAAAUUAUGGUAAUUAUGUUGCCUAAAAAAGGUAAUUAUUUAUGGUAAUUAUUUAUUUA